CGGGUGUUUUUCGGUGUGUUUUGAGGCCUUAUCUGAGGGGUCCGCCCUCCGCUCGCGACAACAACAACAACAACAGACACCGAAGCGGGCCUCGUCUGAGGAGAAAUGUCAGGAAUACUUCACAUGAGCGCUAAAAUACCACCGCGGUUUAGAGCCUGGUGCUAUUUAGACGGUUUGGUUUAAGCUUGACCGAAUGUACAGGUAGAAACGCGGCCUUGGUGCUCAGUUUUUGUCUGUUUCUUCGCUUGCUCUCCCCCUCGCAUCUGACUGACAGAUCGAGCCCUUUACAACAGUUCACUAUGGUUUCAAUGUCAUAGCACUGAGUGACAUCAGCAGUGCGGGAUCAUCCAAAAGAAACCUCACCUCAUUGCUUUUAGGAGUUUGACUGACGUCUGCAAGAGAGAGUGAACAAGCAGAAGACGACACAGUGUUGCACCCACACUCCUUCACCGGGGCUAUGGAGGAGGAGGGGCAGCAGAGUCUGGAGUGCAUCCAGGCCAAUCAGAUCUUCCCUCGCAAGCCCCCUGUCCUGGACGAUGAUGAUCUUCAGGUGCCCUUCCCAGAGCUGCAUGGAGAGUUUACGACGUUCGUGGGCAGGGCAGAGGAUGCCAUCAUUGCCAUGUCCAGCUACCGGCUGCACAUCAAGUUCAAGGAGUCAGUUGUUAAUAAUUGUUCGUGUGAGGUGUCAGUUCCCCUACAGCUGAUAGAAAGUGUAGAAUGUCGGGACAUGUUCCAAAUGCACAUCACCUGCAAAGACUGCAAAGUCAUCAGGUGUCAGUUUUCCACGUUUGAGCAGUGUCAGGAGUGGCUGAAGAGGCUGAACGCUGCAGUCCGUCCCCCGUCCCAGAUAGAGGAGCUCUUUUCCUUCGCCUUCCACGCGUGGUGCGUGGAGAAGGAGCAGCACGGGGAUCUGUGUAGGCCAGGUGAUCACGUGCUGUCACGUUUCCAUAACGAGGUGGAGAGGAUGGGCUUUGACACGCAGAACGCCUGGAGAGUGUCUGAGAUCAACAAUAAGUACAAGUUGUGCUCCAGCUACCCUCAGCUGCUGCUGGUGCCAGCCUGGAUUACUGAUAAGGAGCUGGAGAAUGUGGCGGCCUUCCGCUCCUGGAAGAGGAUUCCGGCCGUGGUUUACAGGCACCAGAGCACAGGGGCAGUGAUCGCUCGCUGUGGUCAGCCAGAGGUCAGCUGGUGGGGCUGGAGGAACGCAGAUGAUGAGCACCUGGUGCAGUCCAUCGCCAGAGCCUGUGCUGUGGACAGCAGCUCCUGUAAAGGCGUCUCCAACGGCUCCUUCUCCCGCGAAUACACUAACGGAGCCGAUCUCUCAGAUGUGGACUUCGACUCGUCUAUGACUAACAGCUCAGAAGUGGAGACACUGGCCAUCCAACCUCGAAAGCUUCUGAUCCUGGACGCUAGGUCAUACGCUGCUGCCGUAGCCAACAGAGCAAAAGGAGGAGGGUGUGAAUGCCCAGAGUACUACCCGAACUGUGAGGUGGUGUUUAUGGGUAUGGCCAACAUCCAUUCCAUCCGCAAGAGUUUCCAGUCUCUGCGCUUCCUCUGCACACAAAUGCCUGAUCCAGCCAACUGGCUGUCUGCUCUGGAGAGCACAAAGUGGCUGCAGCAUCUGUCCCUCCUGCUCAAGGCGUCUCUCCUCGUCGUGAACGCCGUGGACCGCGACCACAGGCCCGUGCUGGUGCACUGCUCAGACGGCUGGGAUCGCACCCCUCAGAUAGUGGCGCUGGCCAAAGUCCUGCUGGACCCGUACUACCGCACCAUUGAGGGUUUUCAGGUGCUGGUUGAGACCGAGUGGUUGGACUUCGGUCAUAAGUUCGCAGACCGCUGUGGUCACGGAGAAAAUGCGGAGGACUUGAACGAGAGAUGUCCUGUCUUCCUGCAGUGGUUAGACUGUGUGCACCAGCUCCAGAGACAAUUCCCAUGUUCCUUUGAGUUCAACGAAGCCUUUCUGGUGAAGCUAGCGCAGCACACGUACUCGUGUCUGUUCGGGACGUUCCUGUGCAACAGCGGGAAGGAGAGAGAGGACAGACACAUCCAGGAAAGAACCUGCUCUGUUUGGUCUCUCCUCAGAGCCGCCAACCGCUCCUUCAGAAACAUGCUGUACUCAUCUCAUUCAGAGACCGUGCUUCAUCCUGUGUGUCACGUACGCAAUCUCAUGUUGUGGACAGCAGUUUACCUACCCAGCUCUUCACCCACAACCCCUUCAGAUGACUCCUGUGCCGCCUACCCAGCACCUGGUGCCAACCCUGAGGACCAGCCCCUCGGCAGGCGUCCUAAAACCCGCUCGUUCGAUAACCUGCCCAGCGCUUGUGAAGUCGGAAACCCGCUGACCUCCAAUCGACGUUCCAGCGACCCCAGUUUGAAUGAGAAAUGGCAGGACCAUCGCAGGUCUCUGGAGAUCAACAUCGGGACAGGAGCUGAUGGUGUUGCAUCUCCAGACUCAGAUGAGAGGGUCAACGGACAAACCGUGGUGGGGCUAAUGGGAACAUUGCCCAAUGGGGGCACAGAGAAUGGGGAGGGGCUCGGGGAUGUCAGGCUGCCAGUGAUGGAAGGCGUCGGCGAGGCAGAGCUGAUAGUUGGUGUGGCUGUGGGCCAAAUGGAGAACAUUCUUCAGGAAGCUACAAAAGACGAUUCGCCACCAGAUAGCCACAGAGACACAAAGGCAGACCACACUAACAAAACCUCCGCUCUAAACGGACAGAGUGAUGAUGUUGCACGUUCAGAAGAGGGCAGUGUUGAGGCACAACUAACUGCUGAUGCUCAGGAGAGCAAAGCUAAAAGCCUCGGAGAUGCAAAUCUCAAUAGACAUUUUUCAGAAGACGGUAGUUCUGAAGCAUCUUCUGCUCUCAGCCAGGAAAACUCGGGAAGCCAAGACUUAGAAGAAGUAGUCGAGAAACUUGCGAUACAAGAAAACAAUCCUUCUCGUAAUACAAAUAAUAUCCCUCCCAGUGGCCUCAGGACUGUGAGUAACGGCCAUGGGCGAGAAACCGUUGAGCAGGAGAAACGUCUUUCUCUUUUGGAGAGCUCCACAGAGACGCUUACGGAGGACUUGGGCGUUCGGCCUGAGAGUCUGGGACCUUUAACCAUUCCACCUCCUCUUAAAACCCUUGCCGAAUCAUCGUGCCUCAAACAGGGUCUCCGUGCCUCAACCGACCCCAGGACUUUAAACAACACCCCCAAACACCCGUCUCUCAGUGCCUUUCCUCCCUCCACUGACCUCCUCCACCCGGUGUGCAACGGAGACUCCCCCGACCCCGAGCCCUCCACGCCGCAAUGGGCGGCGCGCACAAACGGGGAACGGGCCACGCUCAGCCGUCAGGUGUCGCUCGCCAGCUGCGGCUCGCUGACCCUCCACACACGGGGCGCCUGCUCCCACCAUCGCUGCCUGCACUUGGGGUUUCUGGGCCGGCCGAGCUUCAGCCCCCCAGAACCCCCUUCGUCCCGGAGCCAUCUGGACGAUGACGGGUUGACCCUGCACACGGACGCAGUGCAGCAGCGGCUGCGGCAGAUCGAGGCCGGUCACCAGCUGGAGGUGGAAGCUCUGAAGAGGCAGGUACAGGAGCUCUGGAGCCGUCUGGAGAGCCACCAGGCCGCCGGGAUCCUGCGACUCAACGGAGACAUGGGUGAUGAAGUGACCUCAAUCGCAGACUCCGACUUCAACCUGGAGCCCAACUGUCUGUCCCGCUGCAGCACUGAGCUCUUCUCUGAGGCCAGCUGGGAGCAGGUGGACAAGCAGGACACUGAGGUGACCCGGUGGUACCCGGAUCAUCUGGCUGCUCAGUGCUACGGCUGUGAGAGAGGAUUCUGGCUGGCCACUAGAAGACAUCACUGCAGAGGCAAGGAGCGUGUGGAAGAGGUUUGGAAUUGUGGGAAUGUGUUCUGUGCCAGCUGUUGCGAUCAGAAGAUCCCGGUGCCAAGCCAGCAGUUGUUUGAGCCCAGUCGCGUGUGCAAGUCGUGUUUCAGCAGCCUGCAGCCUCCCGCGCCGCCCCUGAGCAUCGAGCUGGACAAACCCAUCACCGCCAGCUCCAACUGAUCCCAGACGAGACGCUCCAGAGACUGUUGUGUGGAGCCGAAGAUGCUUCUUUCCCACCCGAAAGGGAAUCAUGUAUAUAUGGAACGAUGAGGAGAGGAGGCGUAGCACUUUCAGAAGAGACAGUGUGCGAUUGAGAGAUCGUCUUUAUUUGCGAUGAAACUUGUCCUGUACCUGCUGCAUAGAGGGAAGCUUUUCUCCAGUGGACGGUGCGCAUAAUUAGGAUUUCUUCCCUCGUCAUCUCACAAAGAUAGAUUAUCAGUGGCGUUCCUGAGAAAGGUGCUGCUGGGACGAGACCGCAAGAUCCUAGCUUUGUUUUUGGGUUCUCAUCUCCUUCGCGGGCUUUUCGCUUUCGUUUUGAGGUGAUUCUGACUCUCGAGCGCAUCCAGUUUCCCUGUUAAUUCCAGACUCUUGUUAGUUUCUUUCUCAGAUUGAAAGCAUUCUCCCUCUGGCUAAUGUUGACUGUGUAGUGACGGGCCGCUAGAUGGCGCUCUUGUUUUUCUGCUCUGCUGUGUGGACGUUGGCUGACGUUCUCACUAGUGCAUCUUUUUGUAACAUAAAUGCGAGACAAAUGAGAUAAUAUAUUAGAAUGAGACAUAUAGCAUUCAAGAUGAGAAAUUGUAUAGAAUUCUUAAAUAGUGGCUCACUAAAUUAGUCACCAAAUAUAAGUUGUGUUGUUUUUCCCCAGUUGUAGCCAUUUGGGUUUUUUCUUUGUAAUGUAUUUCUUAUGUUUCUCCCAGCGACGCUGAACAGAUGAACAGAGAUGUUGUAUGUGGAGAGGGAUGUUGUAUGUGGGAUGCUGCAGUAGGGCCCCUUUUGUUUUGUUUUUCCUCCCAACACUUAUUUAUUAUCAGGUUUAUUUCGUUUGAAUCGUAUGUUCAAUCCUGACGAUUGCUACACCACAGGAUAAUCAGUGUUGAUGGGUUUGAGCCGCGUUUGCACUGAAGAUGAAGCCCCUUCCUCACACACACAACGCACAAAUCACAAUCAAUUUUUUGUUUUGCUUCCAAUUUUAUUGGCUUUUUGGAGGUUCAUCCAGACAAUUCCUUCAAUCAGGAGUUCACCUGAUAACACAUUUAAUAUUUACUCACCCCCUUAUGUUGUUUUUUUUCCUCUCAAAAGAAGGAUUUUGGAGUCUCUUUAUGAUGCUCUUUUCCAUAUAAUGACAGUAAGUGUGUCUUUUUUGGAGCUUGAUGGAUGUGAUGGCUAUGAAAAAGAGCGCCAUAAAUCUUCAAAACUCCUGUAAAUGGCAAAAAGGUGAGUAAAUAAUAAGCGUUUUAAUUUUUUGCGGUGAAUUAUAACCUUGUCGCCGUUCUCGCCAGUGACGUGAGGGUUCAGAGCCGUGAUGAUGGGCGUUAAUACCUAAAGCUUGUGACAUCUGCUCCUCUCUGUAGAGUGUUUCGAGUGUCUGCGGCGGGACGGCUUUUGCAUUAACGCCAAUCCAUGAAUGUGAAUUUUUUUCCAGAAAGAGUAAAUUCCAUGGGUUUAUAUUUUGCACAAUGGUAAUCAUCAGAAAUACACUGUCGCAGAUUUCUGUAAGAAUAAAACAAAGUGGAAUUCCAACCUGAA